AUGAGGGAAACGGACAAAUCUCUCCCGGCCGAUCACAUCAUCAACAUGUCUCCGAACAUUGUUGUAAAUAAUGUCAACGACAAGCGUCUUUAUCUGGUGUAUGAUGGCAUCUACAUGCUUCAUCGUCUAAACUGGCCAACGUCCAGCACAUGCCACGCCUACCAAACCAUGCGCAACAACAGCAUCCCCCCUGAGAACAUCGUCCACAUGUCUUACGAUGACGUAGCACAUGACCCCGAGAAUCCUAUCCAAGGAAACCUCGUCACCCUUCCAACAGGGCCAAACCUUUACCCCGGAUGUGAAAUGGACUACCGGAAGGAAGAAGUGACACCGGAAGUCUUCCUCAAAGUUCUCACUGGCGACAAGGAGGGCGUGAAGAAACUGAUUGGUCGAGACGGUAAAGUGAUUGACAGCGGUCCUGACGAUCGUCUGUUCGUCUAUAUGAUUGAUCAUGGUGGUCCAGGGGUCUUCUUCUUCCCUGGUUUUGUUGAGCUGCACAACACUGACCUCAACAACGCCCUCAAACAGAUGUACAGAGAGAAAAGGUACAAGGAGAUGGUGCUUUACAUGGAGGCCUGUCACUCAGGGAGCAUGUUCGAGGGCCUACUCCCGAACAACAUCAAUAUCUACAUUACCACGUCCGCCAAUCCCAAUGAGAAUGCACGUAUGUGCUGUUGGGAUGAGUUCCGCAAAGUCUACGUAGGAGGUGUCUAUGAUAACGCCUGGCUGUACAACUCAGACAAGGCAAAUCUCCACAAGGAAACACUCUAUCAACAAUAUGAAGUGGUAAAGGAAGCCUGUGAAAAGCCUAAAGAUGGGAGUCACCCACAGCAGUACGGAGACUUGAGCAUGAACAAGGAAGUUCUUGCUCAGUUUCAGGCAAAGACAGAGCAGUACACACCCGGGAUGUGUCUGAACACACAGGAAACUGAUGGACAUAUUCAGGGGCCAGAGUUCACCUUCGCCGGAAUUGACCUCAAUAACCCCGCCCUUGACAUGGUUCAGAUCGCCACCACGGCUCGUCGCCUCAUCGAGUCACGUGAUCUCAGUAGUCAAAAGCGGGAAGAGCUCAAGGCCAAAUUACGUCACAUGAUGCUAGUCAAGGAAAAAGCCGAGUCGUUGACCAAAGACCUUGUCAAGGCAGCCAUGUCCAGCCCUAGAGGUGUGACAGAGACCGACAUACUGACCGGCAAAGAGCGAGUCGAAAACUCUGAGUGCUACAAGGCCGCCCUGAGCCUCUUCUCUGCCCGAUGUCCAGGCAUCAACAUGGGGAGGUACCCAUUUGCCAGGAGAAAUCUCCAGGCCUUUAUCAACCUCUGCAACCACCAGCCCCAAACUGACGUCAUGAACGCCAUUUUGAAGGUCACGGAGAAAUACGGAAUUUGCCGAGCUCUGUAG